AUGAAAGGCAGUAGUAGGAAUAAGGAUCAUUCGACAGAAGGAGAAGGAACUGGGAAGCGACCAAAAAGAAAGUGUCUUCAGUGGCAUCCCCUGCUCGCCAAGAAACUCCUUGACUUCUCUGAAGAGGAGGAAGAAGAAGACGAAGAGGAAGAUAUUGAUAAGGUGCCACUCCUUGGUGGUGACGGUUUAGAGCAGGAUGCUGAUGAAACUGAAGAUGACGAGUCCUCGGAGCAGCGAGCUCGCCGACCUAUGAAUGCGUUUCUCUUGUUCUGCAAACGCCAUCGCUCUCUGGUGCGAAAAGAACACCCUCGCCUUGAUAACCGUGGCGCAACCAAGAUCUUGGCAGAUUGGUGGGCUGUUCUAGAUCCAAAAGAAAAGCAGAAGUACACUGACAUGGCCAAGGAGUACAAGGAUGCAUUUAUGAAAGCAAAUCCAGGCUACAAGUGGUGCCCCACAACAAACAAACCGGUGAAAACUCCAACAUCCACAGUUACAAACAGGAAAAAGAUAUGGGCCUUUGCAUCCGAUUCAGCAAAAGAUUUACCAAGCCCAAGGAAAGUAACAAAAAGCGAAGAAAUGCCACAACUUAACUUUGGGAUGGCAGAUCCUACACAGAUGGGAGGCCUGAGUAUGCUGCUUCUAGCAGGGGAACACGCCCUGACUGCACAAGAGGUUUCCUCGAAUACUUGCCUAUCUGAUGCAACUAAUUCCACAGAAGCCUGUCAGAAGUCAUCAUUGUUCCAGUUAGCAGAGAUCUCUUCAAACACAUCACAGCCUGGAGUCCUGGGAGCUGUAAAACAAACUGAGGAGUCUGCAUUGUUUCAGUUUGCUGAGAUCUCAUCAAAUACUUCCCAGUUGUCAAGUCCUGAGCCAGUAAAGCACUGUGGGAAGUCAGCACUCUUCCAGUUGGCAGAGAUGUGCCUUGCUUCAGAAGGAGUAAAAGUGAAAGAACCUGGGAAAACAAAAGUGGAAGCACCAGAAGAUGUGGAUAGAGAAGUUCCAGAGGAAAUGGAAAUAGAAGAACUGGAGAAAAUUAUAAAAGACUCCUGUAAAGGAAAAGUAGAACAAUCAGAGAUAGAGAAAAUGCAAAACUGGGAUGAGACAAAAGCUGAGGAAUCAGAAACUGCAAAAUGCAGAGAUUUUACUAGUCUUGCAAUGGAGAGCAGUCCUUUUGAGAGGAACAGUAGCACAAAGGAUCAGCUGUGUUGUUCUCCAGAGCUUUUAAUGGCUGACAUGAAUAUCCUCGGACUAAAGCCAGAAAAGAUAAAGAAGAAAAAGAAAAAAAAUAAGUUGGAUCGGCACACAAAUGAGAAAUCCACCCCCAAGAAACCUUGUAAAAAGAGGCAGUCCUCCGAGUCGGACAUUGAAAGUGUGAUGUACACGAUCGAAGCCGUGGCAAAGGGGGACUGGGGAGCUGAGAGACUGGCGGAAACUCCCCGCAAAAAGCCCCGCCCUGCCUCAAGUGUGAAGGGAAGUGUGUUGGAUACAAAAUCACCAAAGAAAAAAGUGAAAUCGAAAGAGAAGAAAACAUCAAAGGAGAAACCCCCGGAGACCACCAAAGAAUCGAAGCCUCCUGAUUUCCUCAGUAUUGCAGCCAGCAAGGAGGUACCCUGUGAGGCUUCUGAUAACAUUAAAGUGGAACCACUGACCCCAACAGAGGAGGUGGUACCCCAAAGCUUACCAGAACAGGUCAAAACUGAGGACAAUGACUGUGUUAAAAAGAUAGAAACCUGUGGCUCCAGGAAAUCGGAGAGAUCUUGCAAAGGUGCUCUUUAUAAAACUCUGGUGUCGGAGGGCAUGCUCACAUCUCUGCGUGCUAACGUGGACAGAGGAAAAAGAAGCUCAGGAAAAGGCAACUCCUCAGAUCAUGAAGGAUGCUGGAACGAAGAAAACUGGGCUUUUUCCCAAAGUGGGACAAGUGGGAACAAAAAACUGAAAAAGUCUAAGCCAAAGGAAGAAUUUAUUUUUGGCUUAGCAAAGUUGGAAGAAGAAUUUGAAAAGAAAUUCAACAGCCUUCCUCAAUACAGUCCUAUUACCUUUGACAGGAAAAAUUCAUCUGUUCCGAGAAAAAAGAGAAAGCUUGGAAGCAGCUCUUCAGAACAACCAAAAUCCAACAAAGGUUCAUUCCAGUCUCAGAAAAAGAACUUAUUCUACAAAAUUGUCAGCAAAUGUAAGCACAGAAAGAGGAAGCUUAAUGUUCCGGACACAGCCAUACUCUCAGAAGACAGAAAUUCCAGUGAGUCUGCCUGGAAGAAUAAAAUUUCUAUAUCUGCCCUGAACACUCCAGAGCCAGCAAUGAUGCAUGAGCCUUUAGUUGGCAGCCAGAAAAGGAAAGCAAGGAAAACUAAGAUCACACAUCUUGUCCGAACAGCAGAUGGUCGAGUGUCACCAGCAGGAGGGACGACGGAGGAGAAGCCAAAAGAGCUGCCACAAAGUACUCCUCAAAAAACAUCAAGUGCAGAAACAGAUUGCAACAGUGAAUGCUCCAGAAAUGCAGAGGCAGAAGAAAAUCAUAGUAUUACAUCAGAUAUGCCAGCGGUGUCUGCAUUUUUUAGCUUAGCUGCUCUGGCAGAAGUAGCAGCCAUGGAAAAUGUACACAGAAGUCAGAGGGCCACACCUCUCCCACAUGACGGACAGCCAAAUGAAAUGUCUCAGGCUCCAGUGCUUAUUUCCUGCGCUGACCAGUGAAGCUCCACUUUAUUGUAAAACAUUGUGCUUUACCUAAUAUCCUAGCCUUGUCUUUACCAAGGGAAGCUAGUCAGUCCAUAUGAUGGAAACUAUAGACUGCAAGCAAGUGCUUAUUGCUCUGAGUGGCCCAGAAUUCACUGGAAGCCAGAUGUUAGCAACUUGGGCCAGGUCCUCAAAUCGGAACCCAGAUAUGUAGGAGGGUGAUAUUAAUUGUCUAUUAAUGAAGAGAAACGGAGUGAUCCCAGAGCUUGCUUUCUAUUGAAGGCUUUUAAACAGUAAAUAGGUGGUUGGUGUGAAAAAGGCUGCCUUUACUGUUAGCUCACACAGCGUCUCUUUUAUCAACCAGAGAGUACGGCAACUAGUUUCGUAUAAUACCUAGUUAUUCUAAAUGAAAAUUAAAAAAGAAAAAAAA